UAUCACACCGGUAAGGAAAAACCAUCCAUCGUUGUAAGUAAUAAUUAAUGCAGCAUUGGUAAAACUCAACUGCCAUAAGUCUUAAAGUUGAAAUAAGUCAUGCUACUUUAAUUAUUAUGCAGCCGGGUAUAUGUUGAAUGUUGAUGCUGUCGGUCAGUACUCUGCAAUGGCGUCAUACUGACCGCAUGUACAAGACUACAAGUCCAGGAGUCAAGGCGCUGCAGGAACUUAGCACAUGCAACAUUUGUAAACGAAUUGUGUUCAGCACUUGAGCUGAACAUUAGCAUGUCAAGGAAAAUUAUUUCUUCUGAUCCUAGUGUAAACAAGCGGGCUGCUCACUGAUUGUCCUAUAAUAUUCUCGGUGCUAGUUUAUAUAUGACUUUCUCUUUAAUGUCGCCAAUUCAAGGUUCACUGCUGCGUCCAAGGUGGUCGCAGCAAUCUCACCGCUGCUUCGGUAUCAGCCACUACGCUGGCGUUGGUACGAGUAGGGCUUUUUAUGCUUUAUGUACGUACAAUGUGUGCGCGCGCGUCUUUACACGGCUUUACGAGCGCUGCGUUUUUGUUAGGGACGAACUCUUUGGCGAUUAUUCCGUUUGAACGAUGCUUGGGUGCAGCAUUGUUCAUGCCACAUCGCGGCUGUCGUUAAAUGUUUAAUCCACUUGAGCCGGUGAUCUUAACGGAUAAUUGCCGAUGUUGUAACAUGUGCACAACACUAUACAGUUGACCAGUGUGCACAUUAAUAACGAAAUGCGCAUAGAUAUUACUUUUGACCGUUGGAGCAGAUCAUUUACAAAUGGCUCAUAAUCGGCCAUUUGCGGCGCCUGUGCCUGCCGUAUUCCUCCGUUAUCUGGUUGUAUUGAGCAGUUUAGUAUUAUUCUGUAGAUCUCAGGUGAAUAUUAUCGGGAUACCGCAGGCUGAACGUCCCUUUGAACUGACCAUUCGGGAUGGUGCCGGUGCGGAAAUCGAUACGCGACGGCCGUAUGUCGGUCCACCGGCACUGCCGGAAGGCAACACGUUGACGCUGUUCUGUGAGACCAAGCAUCCAGGAAUAUCGCAUCUGGCCUGGUCACGAGAUGGAGCAGAAUUUUUCGGUUCAGUUUCCCGAUUCAGCGACGGUCUUCUGCAAAAUGAGUUGAGAAUUACACUGAAUCCGGCUGACAGAUUUUUGGAGUACAAAUGUCGCGGAUUAAAUUUGCGAUUUGAUCCUGUUGUGGAAAAAACUGUGCAUCUAGACAUUCCCGAGCCAACAACCGUUCUGCCAAUUUCCGCCAGCAUCCUGCCGGCCAACGGGACAUUCAAAGCCAACGAGACAGCCACAUUGCGCUGUAUUAUUCAGGGAUCGCGCGGUCCAGCCAUCAUAACAUGGUGGAAGGGUGAUCGGCUGAUGAACGAGACGAGCAUCUCGUCAGCCACUCCUGGCAUAACGACGAGGAAUGGCAUCACUAGCACUGAAAGCAGCUUGACCUUCAAGGUUACGCUGGCAGAUCAUGGACUGGCUGUUUACUGUCGGGCCAUUUCCGCCUUAUCGCAGAUGCACGAUAAUAAUACGGCAGAAGCGAUGGUCAAGCUGGAUAUAUUAUAUCUGCCCGUUACGCAAAUCGGAAAGAACGAGACAAUUCUAUCGAAAGAAAACGGCCCCAUUCACAUUCCUUGUUCGUUGAAGUCCAAUCCGCUGGUGGACAAGGUGCGCUGGUAUCGCAACGAUAAGCUGGUAUAUGAAGACCGGAUUAAGGCGCCCAAUGCCACGGAGAACAGCCCGAAUGCUAUUGCAUCGGGCCGGUCGGAUCUCGUGCAGACGAAUGCGUUGCGGAUACUGCAAGUGUCCAGAAAUGACAUUGGAUCAUAUACCUGUGAAGCGCAUAAUUCCUUAGGAUGGGGACCACGGAGCAACAGCGUUGAGGUGAAAGUGCAGUAUAAACCUGGUCCAGCGCGAACGGCGAAACAGCAGGCGAGCACCGAAAUCCAUGCAGCAGAAGGAGAAAAGCUGGCACUGACAUGUACAGUUGCGGACCCUGGCAAUCCACCGUCAUACACGUUUAUCUGGCGGAAGGAUGGAGUGUUCUUGACCAGAGGGCACACAUACACGAUUGGCGCUGUACAAGAUAAACAUUAUGGAAGCUAUACGUGUGCUCCGUACAAUGGAGCCGGAGAAGGAGACUCGGCAUCCAUCACACUGACAAAAAAAGAAGAGGCAGCAAUGCAGACAUCCGAAACCACCGUCCUGAUGAUCGCCAGCAUUUUGGGUGUGGUAGGAGGAACAAUCCUGUUGGCCAUCGUCAUCUGGUGUCUGUGUUUGAGCAAAUCCUGCCGUAAUCGGAACAAGAACCAACACUUGACAUCCAAGUUCAUGACGAGCACCUAUCCAGCACACACCACCCUACCGCGGCCCCACUUGAUCAGCAACAUACCCCACUCGGCCACUUUGUCACGCGAACAUCUCCCCUCACAACGCCCGGUCAGCCAGCAGAAGCAGGCGGCCGCCGCCGUGAACGCCGGGACCACCUUCAUGUUCGGGCAUGCCGCAUCCUACGGGAAUCAGAGUACGGCGCGUCCCAACUACUAUCCCAGCUGGUACUCGCAGCGGACAGAGAGGAGCAGCUAUGUAGGACGGUAUAAAUACUGACCGGCAUUUGUUUUUCGGGGAUUUGUACGGGUGCUAGAUACGGUUUUGUUGUUGUUUAUUUUCACUGUAGCAUAUACUUCACGGGGCGGUUGUUUUGGAUUCGCUUGGAUUGUGCUUGCAUGGUUUAUGCUGCAGUCAAAUUUUUCUCUUUUCCACGAUUCGUUUCUGUAUUAAAAAUGCGAUGAAACACGAUGCUUGGUGCAAGGUUUAAUGAAGAUCAACGCAUUCGAAUUUAGCUUUCUAG